UGUGCACGUAGUUGAUGCAAUUUAGCUUCUCUGCAAGAAAGGCGAUCUACUGCUUAUGCUGAAAAUUUUUUCUUUAUCAAAUUGGAGCCUUAAUUGUGGAAGCCUUCAAAGAGCCCAUCCUCACUAUGGUAAAUAAAAAGAUGAUCGAGGUAUAUGCAUUGCCUGUCACCUCUCUGUUUUAGUGGUGAGCUGGGCACUUAAACUGGUAUUCCUUGUGCUUAUCCAAUAUUGUAAUAUUUCCUGGUUAUUAGUGGUUACCUGAAAGCAUAGUCACAUAAGUUCAGUGACAUUUUUAGAAUACUGCAGUAACAUCACCAUUUUGAAGUCGGCCAAUAUAUCUGCUUAUUUUCAAAAUAUUGUAAAGCUGAAAUAAGAUAAUUGAUAUUCUAUAUAAGUUCCCAUGGAGUCAUCUUCUGCCUAAAACAAUGUAUUAUUAUCCAAGUUAUUUCUGAUAUUUUCCUGAGAUUUUAGGAAAGUGCCUUUUUCGAUACUUUUAAGCAUAUGUUUCUUUUCCUUGUAUGUUUUUGAGAACCUUUCCAACUUGUUCCUUCAUAUUUUUGCAAAAAAAAUACUACCGACCUUAUUAGUGACAAUCUUUUAAUUAUUUUACACAUUUCAGGCUUCAAACAAUUCCUGAGAUUUUCCCCAAAAGUUCACCUUGAAAAGCAAAAUCUCUAAAUGAGAAUGACAUUGGUAACCUUGCCUGAAAGCUUGCUUUGCAACUGCCGUGUGUUCUUAACAUGUAUAACACUCUUUCAAAAGGCAUUAGACUUAUGUCUCAAUUCACAUGAUAUGUUGGAUAUCCUAGGUGUCCUUUUCAAGUUAAAGGAUUGCACUUUUACUAGUUUACAAUCUUGUUAGUAUUAACAGAUAAUGUAUACAUAUUUAUUUUGAUGGUGAGAAGCGUUUGCCCAGGGCCAGGUCAUUUAAUGGCUCACAUCCCCUGUCAGGUGAAGCACAAAUGCCUAAGACCUCAAUGAGUGGAGCCUCGUCAACCCCAGCUCCAGCAAAUCCUUUACCUUCUAAUCCUCCAACUUUGUCAACAGCAGCUCCUCAAGCUGCUCCAGCAGUGCCACCUCCUGCCCCGCCUGUGGCUACUCCAACUCCAACUGCAAGUGGAGCUCCAGCACCUACACCUGCCACACCAACUCCUAAUGUGGAUGCCUAUGGACAAGCUGCAUCAAAUCUUGUUGCUGGGAGUAACUUGGAACAAGUUGUUCAGCAGAUUCUUGACAUGGGUGGAGGAAGUUGGGACAGAGAAACAGUUGUGCGUGCUCUACGAGCUGCUUAUAAUAAUCCUGAGAGGGCUGUCGAGUACUUGUAUUCGGGUAUUCCUGAGCAAGCAGAACCACCUGCAUCUGUUGCUCGAGCUCCUGCAGCAGGGCAAGAUGCAAAUCCUUCUGUUCCUGCACCUCAACCAGCUCAACCAACUGUUCCUUCCAGUGGACCAAAUGCAAAUCCUUUAGAUCUUUUCCCUCAGGGUCUUCCAAGCAUGGGCUCCAAUGCUGGGGGUGGUAGUUUAGACUUUCUAAGGAACAGUCAGCAGUUUCGAGCUUUGAGGACCAUGGUGCAAGCAAACCCCCAGAUUUUGCAGCCAAUGCUUCAAGAGUUAGGCAGACAAAAUCCUCAACUCAUGAGGCUCAUUCAAGAACAUCAAACUGACUUUCUUCGUCUUAUAAACGAACCUGUGGAAGGGGCGGAAGGGGAUCUGCUUGCGCAACUGGCCGCAAACAUGCCCCAAGCUGUGCAAGUUACACCAGAAGAGCGUGAAGCCAUUGAACGUCUGGAGGCUAUGGGUUUCGAUAGAGCAAUCGUGCUGGAAGUGUUUUUCGCGUGCAACAAGAAUGAGCAACUGGCAGCGAAUUACCUUUUGGAUCACUAUAAUGAGUUUGAAGAGUGAAAACAUGUGGGUCUUCUGUUCGUUUUAUUUGAUUCUUCGCAGAGGAACUUCCUUUGUAAUGUGGAUAAGAACCGAGUGGAGUGAACUUUCUCGUACAUGUAGUGGCUUCAUGAACUUUGGAGAUUGUACAUAUUCAUGUUAAUUUGUGCAUGGCAUUAGAUCUUUUGCC